CAGCCCAUGCGCGCUCCCGUGCUAUGUAGAGUCGAAUGCGGCGCUGCAAGGAGGCAGACCCCGAGACUUCAGCCCCCCUUCUCAACACGAAAAUAACACGCAUUUCGUCCCUUACGACCGUCGUCUGAGGAGUAACAUUUUGCGCUAACUCUGUAAGAUGCAAGGACUUUCUGGUUGGUAGAUGCCUGCAGGCUCUCAAUACGUGGUUUUCCUGGAGACCGUCUUUAAGGAGAAGUGUUUUGGGUGAGCUGCUGACCGCCCUGCAACCGGACCCGGCGUCCUCUCUCUGAUCUCCUGCCAAGGAGACAGCAGUUGCUGCACACUCUACACCUGACCCCAUCCCCGCCCUGUCCCCACCGCCACCAUGGUGCUGUCACAGAGGCAACGUGACGAGCUAAACCGAGCGAUAGCUGAUUACCUUCGCUCCAAUGGUUAUGAAGAGGGAUAUUCCGUUUUCAAAAAGGAGGCAGAAUUAGACAUGAAUGAGGAAUUGGAUAAAAAGUAUGCAGGUCUUUUGGAAAAGAAAUGGACAUCAGUCAUCAGAUUACAGAAAAAGGUCAUGGAAUUAGAAUCAAAACUGAAUGAGGCAAAAGAGGAGAUUACUUUAGGUGGGCCAAUUGCACAGAAGCGAGACCCCAAAGAAUGGAUCCCCCGUCCGCCGGAGAGAUACGCCCUGAGUGGCCACAGGAGUCCUGUCACCAGAGUCAUUUUCCAUCCUGUUUUCAGUGUCAUAGUCUCUGCCUCAGAGGACGCAACAAUAAAGGUCUGGGACUAUGAAACGGGUGACUUUGAGCGUACCCUCAAGGGCCACACAGACUCGGUGCAGGACAUUUCCUUUGACCAAACUGGAAAGCUUCUAGCCUCCUGUUCAGCAGACAUGACCAUUAAGCUCUGGGACUUCCAGGGCUUUGAGUGUAUCAGGACCAUGCACGGGCAUGACCAUAAUGUUUCAUCUGUAGCUAUUAUGCCCAAUGGAGAUCACAUAGUUUCUGCCUCAAGGGAUAAAACCAUUAAAAUGUGGGAGGUGGCUACUGGGUACUGUGUGAAGACAUUCACUGGCCACAGAGAGUGGGUGCGCAUGGUGCGGCCCAACCAGGACGGGACCCUGAUCGCCAGUAGUUCUAAUGAUCAAACGGUGCGUGUUUGGGUGGUGGCUACAAAAGAAUGCAAGGCGGAGCUUCGUGAGCAUGAGCAUGUGGUGGAGUGCAUUUCUUGGGCCCCUGAAAGUGCUCAUCCCACCAUCCUGGAGGCGACCGGCUCAGAGACCAAGAAGAGCGGGAAACCUGGUCCUUUCCUGUUGUCUGGUUCCAGAGACAAGACGAUUAAGAUGUGGGAUGUGAGCAUUGGCAUGUGCCUUAUGACACUGGUUGGCCAUGAUAACUGGGUCCGUGGGAUUCUCGUGCACCCUGGAGGAAAGUUCAUUGUGAGCUGUGCUGAUGACAAGACUUUGAGGAUCUGGGACUACAAAAACAAGCGCUGUAUGAAGACCUUGAGUGCCCAUGAACAUUUUGUUACCUCUCUGGAUUUCCACAAGUCGGCUCCGUACGUCGUUACUGGGAGUGUAGAUCAAACAGUAAAAGUGUGGGAGUGUCGCUGAUCAUAGCCGCAGGACUCUUCACAACACCUCCAUGCUCCCUUCCACGCCCCGGACCCAUUCCACUUCCCCCUCGGCUUCCUCCUGCUCUUCUGGAUGCACUCGAACACCACGGUUAUCACCCACCAAACUCUGGUUCAAUAGCGUGUCCUUUUAUGUAAAUUAUUCUGGAUGUAGAUCGAGCUAUUAAAUAAAAAAAAAAAGUAUUCUUGCAUGGUGAAUCCAAAACUGUAAACUGUAAAUUUACAUAAUGUUGUCUAGAAGUACCAUAGGUUUAACACGGGCUGAUCUUUCACUCAGCCUGACCUACCGAAGGCAAAAGCUGACUGGGUUAAAUGUAGGGCACUAAACUGAUAAUUUAAUGACAGUGUCUGAUUUCUUUUUGUCUUUUUUUUUUUUUUUUUUUUCCCACUGUCUUAGUCUGUUUAUGCCUAGCUUGGAGACCUUUCAAGGGGCAUAUGCUACAGAACGAACCUAUAGUGCUGAGGAGGAGAGUUGAUCUGGGGCUUGUUAUCAGAGUUAUUCUGUAGCUUUGUUGCAUCACUUCUGGAGUGUACUUACCAUUCUCUUCUUGUGGAUUUAGAUAACAUUUAUUGGUUGCAUCUAAGAACGUUUCAUGUGUUUUGUCUGGAAACCUUUGGGAAUAAACCUUUGUACACUUGUCAUGACACGUCCUACUGAAAAGUACAAUCCCAGAGACAUGACUUUACACUGCUUAAUUAUAGGAGUGCAUUCGUACGGAACUCCUGCGUCCAAAAAGCUAUGCUGAGUAGUGGGCAGCAAGAGUUUUUCUUUUUGGUCCAAAUCAGAGAUAGCUUUAGUAAAGAUUUUUAAUUUUGACCUCUAUGAUUUGUCAGUCACUCAGGAGCACUUCAAACUUGUAAGCACCGUAAACGUUGCCUUUACGACGCACUUGAUUUGGCCCUCAACGUUUAAGAUUGCGUUCAGAUGAAGACGUCCUGAUUCUUCCUUUGUUGUUUAAUGAUCUCGUUGCCUCAGAUGGCAGUUGCUCAGAGACUUGAAAAUUCAUAAAUUUCAGUUUAGACAUGGGGUUCAAAGCAUGACAAGAGCUCAAAGUUUCCUCUCAUCAGGGGAUGUGCAAAAUCUGUCCUAAAAGAAUGGGUGCAAAGAUUUCCAUGGUGAAAAAAAAUGAAACGAUGGGCUUACGAUGAAAAAAACAAACUGGAUAGCUCAAUCUCAUAAUAAUCCAACAGGUUGUGGAGCUACGAACUGAUGAUCUGCCUGUUCUCUCUGUGGAGAGUCCUGAUGGUGACUCCUAUUGUAAAGGGAUCUUCAUACUGUGGACCAUAGCUGAAUAUCCCUAAAAUAACCACAGGUGCUCAAGCCAUGACUCAAGUGUGACGAGUGGCACUUUCUCUGCUUGAUCUAUUAAUAAAUUAACAAAAAAAAAAAAAAAACACAAUGGGAAAUGAUUUGAUAAAGUCCCAAACAUGGAGAUAAACCAUUCCAUAUCUUUUGAGGAAAAUACAUGCCUUUGUGCGAAGACAAAAGAUGUUCAAUUAACUUGCACAUCCCUGCUAUUGUUAGAUUUUCGGUCCCAUCGGAUUGAAGGUUUACGCAAUGUAAGGCUUCAAAAUGCAUUUUAAUUAGCCUUUUCAUUCCAAUGCAAUUAUAUAAUAAAGAAUUCACUGCUUAACCAUGCUUUUAUCAAGCGAUUUCCUGUUGUGUGUGUACUGGGUGUACCUACUGCUACUGAAAAUCUGAUAGUGACUAGUCUGAGAUCUGUACCUGUCCACGUAGCACUGCUGCAUGUAACCGUACUGAGAAUUGAGCUGUCUGGUGGGGAACCAUUGGCCACUUUUGAUGUCCGACCAUCCUCAAAAGGUCAAAGUGACGUUGAAUAUAUAGAUACAAUGUGCUAUGAUUGGUUCACGAAGCUAGACACCCUACCAGAUAGGUCAGCUGGCGUGCUAAGAGUGGGCCGCUCAGUAUGUGGUUGUAGAAGCCGAUCUGUGUGUGCUUGAAUGAAGGAAGGUGACGUCUUUAUUUUCGCUAUGGGAUUGUGGCAGACUGAGCAACCCAAGGGAGAAGUGCCCAACGCAAGCAAACACCGUUGAUGCCUCCUGUGGUUUCUAGUGGAGACGAUUGACAUUGGUUCUUCAGUCACUUCACUGUGUUACACAGCACCAAAAAAGAGAUUCAUAUGCACUGGGGCUGUAAACCUAAACCAAAAAAGUGGGUAAUUUUGGACAAAACUAUUUCUCAAUCUAAUCAUUUGUAAUAUAAGCAUGUAUUAACUUUGUCCAGAGUUUAUUAUCCCCAUGAGAAGUGCUACUCCCUUGUGAUUGGCUUUCCUUAAGACCUUAAGAUUGGACAUGCCUCUUUAAAAAGGUCUUGAUGAUGAUGAUGAUGAUGAUGAUGAUGACAAUGAUGAUGUCCUGUUUUUAUAUGUGUCCGGAGAGAACGUUUGCUAUUCGCAGGUCCCAAGCAAUCCCACUUCUGCACAUGCUGGAUGGGUUCAUGUACAGACAGACUCAUGAAGGUCCUGUCUGUAGGUCCAUCCUCCAGCCACAGGUCUAUCAUCAGCUAUUACUUUGUGAAUAUAUUGGAGGCUUCAGUCUUCACAGCUUGAAUGGGACUCUUUGCUUUUUAUGGUAUCACUGUUCACACAGCCAAUUGUUAACAAUAUAUCUGGAUGUUAUUGUUUGCAACAUAAUUAAAGAAAAAAAUAUGAA